GUUUAUAGUUUUGGAAAGCAAAGGCGUACCCGGGAAGCAGUGUAAUUUUCCUUUCAAAAUAUGCCUGUAAGUUUGAAUUUUUUACCUGUAUUAUGAAUUAAAUCUUAUCUACAAUUACCUAUUGUAUUGUUUUAUAUUCUAGGCGUAUCAUUCUUCGCUCACAGCGCCCCGAUCUUUGGGGAAUAUGGCGUUGUUGCCACUGAACACAAAAUUCAAAGGGAUGGCCCCUCCGGGAGGUAUUGCUUUAUUUACUUUUAAUAAAAGCUUGGGAUAAGUUUGUGCAACUUAAUUACUCGAUGUUGUAGUCAGUUUAUUGCUAGAAGUAGCUCACAUAGCUUAUUUUUGCAACUAUUUAUGUGUUUAUGGUCUAUAAAAUUUGUUUUUUUUUCAAUAGGUAGUGUUUAUGUUUUCAGGAAGGCAGGGGGGGGGAGGGUAAUUUCCUUGUGUAUCAAGUAUAUUUAAAAACACCAGAUUGAAACAUAGGAUUGUAAAUAAAAAUGUAAUACAUCAAUUUUCUUUCAAACUUUCUAUAGCAUGGAAGCCAACCAGCCUUCCUGGUUCAUGCUUAAUUUAAACGAUAUAAUUGUCAAUUUCCAUUGCUGGAUGCUAAAAGCCUCCCUCUCACUUCUUUUGAUUUCCAUGUGCGGUAUGCAAUUUGCAGCAAAUCUAAAUACUAUUGUAGAAUUGUAAUAAUGCAAAUUUUUAACUACAGAUGGCUCAACUGACAUUAUUGAAGAGGCCAUCUAUUACUUCAAAGCCAAUAUAUUUUUCAAGAACUACGAAAUAAAGGUUUGAAAUAUUGAGUUCUCACAAUAACACUUCCUUUGUAGUUUGGUUAAGUCAACAAAAUAUUGUUAGAUACAGAAUUCCUAAUUUGUACUUUGUGCACAACACUACAUAUUUUCAACUUGGAGUAUUAAUUGAUAAUUCCUUUUUAGGGCGAUGCUGAUCGUGUGUUAAUUUACCUAACACUCUACAUUACUGAAUGCCUAAAGAAACUACAAAGGGUACAUUAAUUAACAUAUAAAUUCCUGUUUCAGAAUAUUCACUUGUCCAACUGUUUCAUGGCUUUGGAUAAAAUAACAAAGUAGGGUAUGCAGGGCUUGAAAUUUGUACUGUCCCAAUAUCCAUAGGAUACCAGAUUUUAAAAUUGGAUACUGGACAUCAUAAACUCAGUACCAUUGGGACACUAAACAAAUUGAAUCUGUCCUCCACAGACACAGUAUUUUUGUUGUUUAUGAAUCCUUCUUAAACAUAUCUUAGAUUCAUUAUAUCAAAUUCAUUACAAG